AUGCAGGUGUCAUCACUGUGCGUAGCAAAGUUCCCAUUCAGCGUGAAAUCGCAACUCCCCACCGUGAAGACAAAGGAAUCCAUGGCAGAAGCCACCGCACCCAAGUGGGCCCAAAAAACCAUCGCUCUUCCUCCUUACAAACGCGGCUGUCAUCUCGUCACUCCAAAGAUUGCGAAAGAAAUUGAGCAUGACCUUUCGGGAUUCAAGUGCGGUCUCGCUCAUCUCUUCCUGCAGCACACGAGUGCUUCACUUACAAUCAAUGAGAAUUACGAUACUGAUGUUCGCGAUGAUACUGAGACGUUCCUCAAUCGAAUUGUUCCCGAGGGUUCAUCUGCACCUUGGAAGCACACUCUAGAGGGCCAUGAUGACAUGCCGGCUCAUAUUAAAUCAUCAAUGUUUGGUUGUGCACUCACGAUACCGAUUACAAAUGGAAAACUUAACAUGGGAACUUGGCAGGGUAUAUGGCUGUGUGAGCACCGGGAUCAUCCUACCUCACGAAGAGUUGUUGUCACUCUUAAUGGAAUAUAA